AAGCGGAGUGUGAGGUGCAUGAAAUGGAGAAAAAUGGCGGAUCAUGUGCAGGGCCUUGCCCAGCUGGAGAUCCUUUGUAAGCAGUUGUAUGAGACGACCGACACUGCUGUUCGACAUCAGGCAGAAAAGGCAUUGGUGGAGUUUACUAACAGUCCUGACUGUCUUAGCAAAUGCCAGCUUCUUCUUGAGCGAGGCAGUUCAUCAUACUCGCAGUUGUUAGCUGCAACCUGUUUGUCUAAGCUUGUGUCAAGGACAAGUAACCCCCUGCCGCUGGAGCAAAGGGUUGAUAUUCGAAACUAUGUGCUGAAUUAUCUGGCAACACGGCCAAAAUUGGCAGCUUUUGUGACUCAAGCCCUGAUUCAACUCUAUGCUAGAAUCACAAAAUUGGGUUGGUUUGACUGUCAAAAAGACGACUAUGUCUUUCGAAAUGUUAUAGCUGAUGUGACACGCUUUCUUCAAGAUAGUGUUGAACACUGCAUCAUUGGAGUUACUAUUUUAUCACAAUUAACCAAUGAGAUCAAUCAGGCUGACACAACACAUCCUUUAACAAAGCAUAGAAAAAUUGCAUCGUCCUUCAGGGAUUCUUCUCUUUUUGACAUCUUUACCCUUUCAUGUAACCUUUUAAAACAGGCUUCAGCAAAGAAUCUAAACUUGAACGAUGAAUCUCAACAUGGCCUGCUGAUGCAGUUGCUCAAACUUAGCUAUAAUUGCCUCAACUAUGAUUUCAUAGGAACCUCCACAGAUGAAUCCUCUGAUGACUUGUGUACCGUACAGAUUCCCACGUCAUGGAGAUCAGCUUUUCUUGAUUCCUCCACUCUACAACUAUUUUUCAAUUUAUACCAUUCCAUUCCUCCAUCCCUUUCUCCAUUGGUGCUGUCAUGUCUAGUCCAGAUUGCAUCUGUUCGGAGGUCCUUGUUCAACAAUGCAGAACGAGCGAAGUUUCUUUCACAUUUGGUGGAUGGUGUUAAGAGGAUUUUGGCAAACCCACAGUGUUUACCGGAUCCCAAUAACUAUCAUGAAUUUUGUCGCCUGCUUGCGAGGCUCAAGAGCAACUACCAGUUAGGGGAGCUAGUCAAAGUCGAAAACUACCCAGAAGUCAUUCGUUUAAUAGCAAACUUCACAGUCACCAGCCUCCAGCACUGGGAGUUUGCCCCUAACAGUGUCCACUACCUUCUGAGUCUGUGGCAGCGUUUGGCAGCAUCUGUUCCCUAUGUUAAAGCCACAGAGCCUCAUCUGCUGGAGACAUAUACUCCAGAAGUCACAAAGGCUUACAUUACAUCACGGCUAGAGUCCGUCCAUGUCAUUCUUAGAGAUGGUUUAGAAGACCCUUUAGAUGAUGCAGGACUUGUUCAGCAGCAGUUGGACCAGUUGUCUACCAUUGGGAGGUGUGAGUAUGAGAAGACAUGUGCUCUAUUGGUCCAGCUAUUUGACCAGGCAGCGCAGUCGUACCAGGAGCUGCUACAGUCCACAAACUCCAGUGCUGUUGACAUCACAGUACAAGAGGGUCGGUUGACAUGGCUGGUAUACAUUAUUGGGGCAGUAAUCGGUGGACGGGUGUCAUUUGCCAGUACAGAUGAGCAGGAUGCCAUGGACGGAGAGCUGGUCUGUCGGGUGCUUCAGCUGAUGAAUCUUACAGACUCUCGGCUUGCCCAGGCUGGUAACGAGAGACUGGAACUGGCAAUGCUCAGCUUCUUUGAGCAGUUCAGAAAGAUUUAUAUCGGGGACCAGGUGCAAAAAUCAUCAAAGCUUUAUAGACGACUAUCAGAGGUUUUGGGGUUGAAUGAUGAGACCAUGGUACUCAGUGUCUUUAUUGGAAAAAUCAUUACCAAUUUGAAGUACUGGGGCCAAUGUGAACCAAUUACCUCAAAGACUCUUCAGCUUCUGAAUGACCUUUCUUUAGGAUAUAGCAGUGUACGAAAGCUGGUUAAGCUUAGUGCAGUUCAGUUUAUGCUUAAUAACCAUACAAGCGAGCACUUCUCUUUCCUGGGAGUCAACAACCAGUCUAAUCUCAGUGACAUGCGAUGUAGGACCACCUUCUAUACAGCACUAGGACGCCUGCUAAUGGUUGAUCUAGGUCCUACAGGUGAAGAUGAAGACCAGUUUGAACAAUUCAUGCUACCCUUAACAGCGGCAUUUGAAACUGUGGCUCAAAUGUUGAGUACAAAUACAUUCAAUGAACAGGAGGCCAAGCGUACCUUGGUUGGUUUGGUCAGAGACCUGAGGGGAAUUGCUUUUGCCUUUAAUGCCAAAACCAGCUUCAUGAUGCUUUUUGACUGGAUAUAUCCAGCUUACAUGCCUAUUUUACAGCGAGCCAUAGAGCUUUGGUAUCAUGACCCAGCAUGCACCACGCCUGUUCUCAAGCUUAUGGCUGAACUUGUUCACAAUCGAUCUCAGCGGCUGCAGUUUGAUGUGUCAUCACCAAAUGGCAUUCUGCUAUUCAGAGAAACUAGCAAAAUGAUCACUACUUAUGGAAACCGAAUCCUGACACUAGGAGAGGUUCCUAAAGACCAAGUGUACAGUGUGAAGUUGAAAGGGGUCAGUGUAUGUUUUGCCAUGCUCAAAGCCGUGUUAAGUGGCAACUACGUCAACUUUGGGGUCUUCCGGUUAUAUGGGGACGAUGCUCUGGACAACGCCCUACAAACCUUCAUUAAACUACUGCUGUCCAUCCCACACAGUGACUUACUAGAUUACCCUAAACUUAGUCAGUCUUUCUACUCUUUGCUGGAAGUGUUGACGCAAGACCACAUGAAUUUUAUUGCCAGUUUGGAACCACAUGUGGUCAUGUACAUCUUGUCUUCAAUUUCAGAAGGGCUCACUGCACUUGAUACAAUGGUGUGCACAGGCUGCUGCUCCAGUCUAGAUCAUAUUGUAACAUACUUGUUCAAGCAGCUGUCUCGGUCCACAAAGAAGAGGCCCACCCCAAUGGCAACAGAUGACAGAUUUCUACACAUCAUGCAGCAACAUCCAGAGAUGAUUCAGCAGAUGCUGUCAACUGUGUUAAACAUUAUUAUAUUUGAAGACUGUCGAAAUCAGUGGUCAAUGUCACGUCCACUCUUGGGUCUCAUUCUGCUUAAUGAGAAGUAUUUCGCCGACUUGCGGAACAGCAUUGUGAACAGUCAACCCCCAGAGAAGCAGCAAGCCAUGCACUUGUGCUUUGAGAACUUGAUGGAGGGAAUAGAGCGCAAUCUUUUAACAAAGAAUCGGGACAGAUUUACCCAGAACCUGUCCGUGUUCAGGAGGGAAGUGAAUGAUAGCAUGAAGAACUCUACAUAUGGCGUCAACAGCAACGACAUGAUGAGCUGACAUUCCACACUGCAGAAUCUUAUCCAGACACAUCCAGAGUUCCUCCCAGCUCUCGGCUCUCCUUUGCUACAGCCUCUCUGCCCCUCGCCAGCACCCUGUUUCUCCGCUGCAUCAGCCUCUCUUCUUCCUUGGGCCAGGAUGCCCAGGGAUUCCAAACUUUCCCCAACUUGAACUGCUGCGUGUACAGCAAUUUUUCGGGGACCUGAGCUAAAUUUAGCCAAUAAACCACUUUGCUUGUAUGUUUUCACUUACCCAUUCCCUAUGACAGGCCCUUCCCACUCUUUUUGAUAAAAAACAUAUAUAAAUAUAUACAGAUCUAUUUUAAAGCCAGUCUGCAUUGGUCUGAAAGAUCAUUCAUCUGGUCAUUGCUGAAGAUGGAGGGACACACUGUAGGUUAAAGGGAGGGAGAUUUCGCAUGUACGCAUCUGCACUCCGGUUGGAGUGUAUGGGGGAACAACUGGUAAAUGUAAUCCGCUUCUGCCUGCCUUGUAUAGAAAACAUAAUCCAAGUGUACAUUUCUUUUCGUAACAUUUUGAACAAUGUUUAUAAUGAUUGAAAUUUAAGACACAGUUGAGUUGAAAAAGUGUGAUUGAGCUUUUUACAGUGUAGUGAGUUAGUGCAAAUAUCUGUCUGUGUGCGGAACAAGGUUUCCACAGGAGGCGGGGGGAGCAGAGAGUGGGUUGCCAGGUUGUGAAUCCAACUGCAGCCAUGCAAGCACUGAAGUGGCAAGUGUUAUUUUUUUCUUUUUUAACUUAAGAAAAAGAGGUACAUACACUAACAGAAAAGGGAGACUCGGAGCAUCCAUGUUGUAUAUUUGAGUAUCAUGUUGAAGUGAUGUAAAUAGCCACUUCCCUCCUGCAAAAACAGACUUGGCACGGUCCAAAGUCCUCUUUCUGGCCUGUUGCAGCUCUGCCUUUCUGCUCAAAGCAAGCGCUAAACAUUAGGCCUAAUCCCCCAUAAGAUCCUCUGUGCAGACACUUGCUUAUUCCCUUAAAGAAGUUUUGUAAUGGCUAAUGUGUAAGCAACAUGGUAAUAGCUACAUGUUUUCCUCUGGUAGGCUGGGUGCAGUUUCGACCAUUUUGUUUACACUCUGGAAUCCUUGGACCAGGUUUUGGGACUGCCCCAUAAUGAGGAUAGUCCUGCAAUGUAUGUGUGUUUGCAGAUUUGUGUUGUCUGUGUGGAGUGAAGUGGCUCUAUUGCCUAGUGAGUGUGUAGAGUUUUAUGGUGCUGCCACAGCGAGGAUCCAGAGGGCCUUUUCUGCCAUAGGAAAUUCAAAGUUCCCAGGUUUAAUGGAUUGCCAGCAGUAAAUGUAAUGUCAUCUAAGCUCCCUUGAAGGAAUCCAGUUUUGUUUUAAAUAUCUGAAGAAUAUCGCAUCAAACCUUUGUAGAAGUUCAGAGCAGUAUAAAAGGAAACUGAAUGAUAAAAUGGAUAUAUUAGCAACUUGUGUUUCUCUCUACGAUGUUGCUGCUAACUUUUUGUGACAACUAGCUCAUUUCUUACCAUGUCAGCACUCAUGGAUGUUUAUUGAGUUAAUAUUUUUUUGGUUUGUGUCCCUGAUGUGAAUGUGUUGGGUCCAUAGAGUGAAUAGCUGUUUUGAGUUGUUUGGAUGUCUGCUACAUAUAUAGUGUAAGCAUUGUGACUGCAAAUAAACCUCACUGAUUUUUACAGUUA